AUGCUGUACCGUCCUCGUCACGUCCCCGGAGCCGAGCGGGCGAGCUCGAACCUCCCGCCUCUCGAGCUGCGCAUCCAGCGCUUCCUCGCGCACUUCGACGCCUCGAGCAAUUGGCUACACGUCGUGCCCGGUGCUGAAGAGCCGAGGAAGGUCGAUGUCGAUCCACCGCAAACUACCGGGGCCGCCAUCAUCGUCCGCAAGGCCGAGAUACUGCUCGGCGUCACCAUGAACUCGGCGAGGGUGCCGAUGGGCACCAUGCCCGUGCUCGAGGCGAGGGGCAAGACGGCGACCAUCAAGCAUGCCGGCGAUAUCCUCGACAAGUGGACCUAUGAGGGCCUGUCCCGCGACAAGAACCAGGUCCUGCAGAGCUCGACGUGGACGCUCGAGAGUCCGUCCAGCGACUCGAAGAGCCUCAUCGUCGUCUUCAUCGCGUCAGACCAGGAAGAGCGCAAGAGCCUCCAGCUCCUUCUCGAGAAGGACCCGGAUCCCGUGCCUCUUCCGACGGCGGGCCUUCCUUCCUACGCCUCGUCCAUCUCUCAGCAUCCCUCUUCAGCUCGUACCUCGACCGCCGACGCACCUGCCACCACCUCGGCCCCGUACGACAUCCUCGACCCGAACCUGCAUGUGCGGCAGCACCGUCGGCGCGACGACAAGCGCGAGUCGGUUCAGCCGUGGGCUCAAGGCGACGAUGGCACGGUCAAGUGGACGCCGAGAUGGAGCGAGGAGGAGCACCAGGCGCUGCGACGUGUCCGGCGAGGCGUCGACAGCCUGAGCCCGCACGCGCCGCUCUACUCGCUCCCGCCCAUGGGCGGCGACGACGACGAGGGCAAGUCGAGCCGAGCAGCUCUCGACCUAUCGCAGGAGACCGUGCACGAGCUCGCGCGCCACAUCGGGUCCUUCCUGCGGUACUUGGACGCCGGGCUGAGCUUUCGCGGCCACGGGCUCGAGGACCAGCACAUCUACAUCGGCGGCUUCACCCGCAAGCAUCUCGCGGUCGAGGCGUCGCCCGACGUCGAGUCGUCGGGAGGGCGCGAGGUCCUCGAGGUCCUCGUCCACCUCAAGGGCGUCUGGCGGCGCUGGACGAGGACCAACGACAACACGCUCCUCUUUACGUUGCCCGGCGGCGAGCUCGACGGGCGAGGUCUGCACGUCCACGAGGUCAAGCCUCACGGCUCCGACCGCGAGCCCGACUCGUGGACGUUCAACUCGCGCUCGGGCCGGCAGCUCGACCUGACGAAGCGCGUCGUCGCGACGGCGUGGACGUUGACGCCGGGCGCGGCCCUGCACGACGUCGGCGUGCACGACCUGGUUUACGUCACGUUCGCGCUCGACGAGCCGCUCAAGGGCACGCACACACUCGAGAUGGGCUUCUUCAGCUCUUCAGCCGCACCUGCAGCCGGCGCAGAGGUGGACAAGGGCGACGUGAUCAAGAGCAUGAUGCACGAGCUCGUCGACCUCAAGCAGCGCAACGCCGAGCUCGAGGAGAGCCACCGCAUCGCCGUCAGGGCCCGCAAGUCCGCCGUCGAACGCGUGCGCGAGCUCGAGGACGUCCUGCGCCUCAAGGAGGGCAUCUUCGACUCGCUCGAGCGCCAGAUCUCGCUCCUUGAGAAGCAGAACACGGCCCUGCAGCUCAAGGAGGCCGAGCUCGCCGCCCUGCGCGUCGAGAUGGAGGAGCACCCGGUCUGCGAGGGCGACCUGCUCCACCGGUACGAGCAGCUCGCCGAGAUCUUCGACCUCGUCAAGGACACGCUCAGCUGCGCCGUCUGCUACGAGCCCUACCAGAAGGACGAGGCGACGUCUUUGCUGUGCGGUCACACCUUCUGCCGAACUUGCUACACGAGCUGGGAGCAGCGCUCGAUCGACGCGUUCAAGCUCUCUCCUGUGGCCGGCCAGUACCUCGGUCCCGAGUGCCCCGAGUGCCGUACGGCCGACGUUCGCCGUGGUCGCGUCCGCAUCUGGUCCCUCGAGGAGGUCGUCCGACUCGUCGACCGCGCCCAGCGCGAGAUCGCGACCAAGCCCUACGUGCCCAAGUUCGACCUGCCCAAGCCUGUCAUCGCGCGCGAGCUCGUCGAGCGCGAGGACCGCCUCGUCGAUGUCGACGGCGACGGCGACCAGGGCAUGCCGGCCGAGCUGCCGCUCACGCCUGCGAGCGUCGGUACGCCCGCCGUCGCGACCAUCGCAGGCGCAGCUGUCGAGCUCGAGGCGCUCGAGGCGCUCCCUGUAGCGGCCGUGCCCGUCGACGAGGCGCCCGAGCCGCAGCAGGGGCGCGAGCAGGAGGCGAUGGACGAGGACCGAGCCGAUGCGCCGCCCGUCGCCUCGCCACCUCUUCCUUCGCCGUCACUCGCACGCGCAGCAGUACCCGGCGACGCCUUUGCCAUCAACGACGCGCUCCCACAGCAGAUGCUCGACGCGCACGCCCGCUCGCGCGAGCAGGCGCGCGUGCGGGCUCUCGAGGACGAGGCGCGCUCGGCGCUCGAGGCGCAGCGGGCGAGGGAGGACGAGGAGGAGCGCGAGGCGAGGGAGGCGAGGGAGCAGGUGCUGUUCGAGCGCAGGAGGAUGCCGUACGGGCAGGUGUUCCGGUGACGGGCUCUCUCGCCCUUCCCUUUCUUUCUCUAGUCCCACAUGCUCUCUCGUAUCUCUCGAUUUGCUCUCAUUGUUGUCGUCUGUGCCCCCUCGCAAUUUCAUCCCUGUCCACCCUC